AUGGAUCGUGUACUACUUACAAAAUAUCCGGUCAAAUGGCGGCUGGCAGCGACGGCAUCCAUCAUCUGCUACUGUGUCGUAUGGGUUGUAUCGAUCGUUAUCGCCUUACCGUAUUCACUUACCGUAAAAUCGCAAAAGUUCGACAAAGUCGAACCGUGGAAUGAUGUGCACACACCGGCAAUGCUCAGCAUAUGUGGACGGUCAUAUCCAGAAAUCUGUAUGGAAAUACAAGAUACAUGGGAACGUGCCUAUAUUUCAAAAACGACAUUCACUAUAACGGUGCUCGCCAUUCAGGUAGUUGGGUGUUUAUUUGUUUGUUUAUUUGAAGACGCAAACACAAAUCGCGCGACAGCAAGAGCAUAG